AUGACGGCAAACGCGCCAUACUACCAAAUGCGCUCCGGCCACUUCAUCACCACAUCCAACAAUGCAAACGCUGCGCCGCCCCAGUUCGGAGCCGAAGAUGACGAAUAUGACUUGCACGGUCCCGUUGCCGUUGUGACGCCGCUUGACCACCUCAAUCCGCAUUUAUAUUCCGACCACUCUGCGCGACAAGUGUCGGUCGAGCAUACACUGGAAGAAAACCACAACCUUGUUGAAUUGUUGGAGGCUGCCACGGCUGCUGACCACGCCACUCAAGCUAUGGAUAUGAGUGAUGCAGGGCAGGCGACUCAUACGGCACAGGGCCGCGGCAAGAGGAAGAGACUUGUUGGCUCUCCAGCUACAGAUGCCUCACACCAAGUAGACGAGCCUAUCAACACCAGGCGAAAAAGACAUGGCGAACCUGCGGACCCCGGGUUGGAAGACGGCGACCAGGACAUGCGCGGUGAUUUAGUCGACGGCAACAUGUCACCCUCCAGUGACUCUCUCCUGGGCGAUGCUGGCGCUGCAGGUGUCCAUUCCGCUGCUGCUCUCUUCCGUCGAUCAUCCGAGAGAACCCGCAAAUAUACGCGUCCGCCAAUGUCCAAGCUCUUCAUGUCACUUCAGCUUAGUCCCGAGAACUUUCUCCAGCUCCAGGCUGCCGCCAAGGCACACAUGCUCGACCCAUCACACCCGGAAAGACAAAACUGCGUUGGUAACCGCGGCAAGGGCGAUACUGAUAUGGUCAAACUUAGGCUCUUCAAUUGUGUCCGCGACUUCUUGAGUAAUGGAGCGGGUAAGCAAUUCUUUGGUGAAGACGUGGAAAAGCCGGGGGAGAAGGAUACAAUGGAAGCUGCUCGCGCGUUGGGAGAAGAGGAGACCCCUGACGUAAACCAACGAAUCACAUGGCCAAGAGAUGGCAACAAGAUUAUUGGUCUCGUCACUCCUCUGAUGAGGCGCAUGGUGACUAAUGAGCGACAGCGACAGUAUGCGAUUGAGACUAGGAAAGGAGGGGCGAAGAAAAAGAACAAGCAAGGCAGUGUGGAAGCUGUUGCUCCGCGAGGCGAGCAUCAUGGACACGGAAUGGAGCAUCACUUGCAGCCAGCGUCUGAUCUUAACCUGGGCCACCAUUUUCAGUAUACAGAAGCGAGCACGCCAUCAUCACUGGCACCUGCUGCGUCUCCACCAUGCUCAUCUCAGAAACAAGUGUGUUCUGCAGAUGCAAAGCAGAAGACGGAGGGCCAGGGAGUUACAUGUUCAAAUUUAAAGCUGUCCAGGGCGGGGACUACCGAACCCAACCUCUCGCACAUCAACAUCUUCCUCGUGCGGCCCUCACCUGGCACCACAUCAGGCGUCAAAAUUGGCGAGAGGCGCAUCGCUGCCGACGCCCAAGCACACCUGACUUGGUAUGACUACGAUGACUUUGUUGGCCAAGUCAAGUCACUGCUAGCAGGCGCUAUGAGUAAUGACGCCGAGCUAGAGUUGCGAGUUGGGGUGCCACAAGAGCCAGGCACGGACAACCUCCGCGGACUCGCUGCCGCAGCUAAUGCUCUGCAAUCUGAGCGUGCCAAUGAGGAGUCUGUUGCGGCAGGCAGAGCUUCAGCGGCGGCGGCGGCGGCGGCUUCAAUCGAGGAUGCGCCACCUGUAUCGCCGUCCGUUAUCUCUACCGUCACUCACAACCCCGCCCCGAACCAGACUAGCGAUAGUGAUAUCGAGCUUCUCUCUCGCUGUGUUAUCAAGUCUCUUGGGGCUGAGGGGUGGCGGGACAUUCGCAACGCCGACGACUGGUACAGCGUGUUGAGGGAAAAGGCCUUUGCAGUCUGGGCGGAUGGGAUUUGUAAUGUGCUUGUUGAGCUGGUGGACUAG